AAAUCAGCUGAUGCCAUUUGCUUCUGGUUCUAUUCAUUUCUCUCUCUCACUCUUUUGAUACUCUCAUUCACACACUCCCUCACUCUCCACUUACACUUUCUCUGCAUGCAUUUUCAUCGGAAAUGACGAUCAAAGACAAGGGAAAGGGGAAAGCGGUCGCCGGAAAAGCUUCAGCCGCCAAACGGAAGCGCGGCGUUGACGAUGACAAGACCGGCGGUGGACGCAACAAGAAGAACCGUGGAGUUCUUCAGUUCUUCGAAGAUGCUGCCGAGGACUUUGACGAAAGCGAUGACAGCGACUACAGCGAUUUCGACGAUGAUUUUUUUGAAGAGGAAUUUGACACUGUUCAGCCGAGGAUGAAUGAACAACCUAAGGGAGGCAACAGUAACCUUCCAUUUGUCCCCAAAGAAGAGGUGAUUGAUGAAGAAGAAUUUGAUAGAAUGAUGGAGGAACGCUAUGGACAAAAUUCUAAGUUCGUCUCAUUUGCUGGAGAUGAGUUUGAUGACAAAAUAAUUGAUCCAGAUUCUGGCGUCAAGGAGUUCGCUCCAACCAUCUGGAAAGUCAAAUGCACUGUUGGGCGCGAGAGGCUUUCAGCUUUCUGUCUGAUGCAGAAGUUUGUUGAAUUGAAAGCAUUGGGCACUAAGCUGCAGAUAAUAUCUGCUUUUGCUGUAGAUCAUUCGAAAGGAUUUGUGUACAUUGAAGCUGAAAGGCAAUAUGAUAUACAUGAGGCUUGUAAAGGGAUUACUGGUAUCUAUGUAAGUCGAUUGCAACUUGUUCCAAGGAACGAAGUUUUUCAUCUGUUCUCUGUUCAAAAUAGAAGAGUUGAAAUUAAUGAGGGCAUGUGGGCUCGCAUAAAAAGUGGUAACUACAAGGGGGACUUAGCACAGGUUGUGGCUGUUAAUAAUACGCGCAAGAAGGUUACAGUGAAGCUUGUUCCAAGAAUUGAUCUACAAGCAUUGGCUGCGAAAUUUGGUGGAGGGUAUUCUCGCCAAAAAGCUGCUAUACCAGCCCCAAGAUUAAUCAGCUCAAGUGAACUUGACGAAUUCCGACCUGUUAUACAAAUCAGACGUGACCGUGACACUGGCAAGGUUUUCGAGGUUCUUGAUAAUCUUUUGCUCAAGGACGGAUAUGUAUACAAAAAAGUAUCUCCAGAUUCUCUAAAUUUGUGGGGUGUGGUGCCAACAGAAGAGGAGCAAUUGAAGUUUGGACCAUCUGAAAACAAUGAAUCAAAAGAUUUGGAGUGGCUCUCUCAACUUUAUGGUGAAUCAAAGAAAAAACGGAUUGUAAGGAAUGAUAAGGGAGGUGGGAAAGGAGAGAGCUCAUCAGGUACUGGUGUGGAAAAUGGUUUUGAGUUGUAUGAUCUUGUGUGUUUAGGCAAGAAGGAAUUUGGUGUAAUAGUGUCCAUGGAUAAAGAGGAUAAAUACAAGAUUUUAAAAGAGACUGCAGAUGGGCCUGCUACUGUAUCCGUCGAACGACAAGAAAUAAAGAGUGGACUUUCUGAUUUGAAAUUCAGUGCCCAAGAUCAGCACAAUAAGACUAUAGUUGCUAAUGAUACUGUCCGUGUUCUUGAUGGUCCAUCUAAGGGUAGGCAAGGCAUUGUUAGGCAUAUCUACAGAGGGAUUCUCUUUUUGUGGGAUGAAUCUCUUGAAGAAAAUGGUGGUUACUUUACCUCUAAAUCUCAUGUGUGUGAGAAAGUUAAGCUUACUGUUGACGAUUUGACUGGAAAGGAUGGUGAACCGGGUCGUUCAGUCUUUGAUGAUGUGCCAUCAUCACCAAGAUCCCCUCUGUCACCAAAAAAACCAUGGCAAGCAAGAGAGAACAAUCGUGAAUUUAAUCGUGGGGACAACGAUAACAUGUUUACUAUUGGUCAAACCUUGAGAAUUAGGAUAGGUCCUUUGAAGGGAUACCUCUGUCGUGUCAUUGCCUUACGCCGUUAUGAUGUUACUGUCAAACUAGAUUCUCAGCAAAGGGUUCUUACAGUUAAAUGUGAGCACCUUUCUGAGGUUCAAGGGAAAAGUACUGCCAUGUCAACAAGCAGUGAUCCUGAUUCAAGUUCAUUGAAGCCAUUUGAUCUACUGGGUACUGAAGGCGGCUCUGGUUGGUUAGAUGGAGUUGGAACAUCAGCUGGUGGUGGUGGAUGGAAUGCUGGAGGGACAUCAGCUGGGGGUGCUGCAUGGAAUGCUGGAGGGACAUCAGCUGGGAAUGCUGGAGGGACGUCAGCUGGUAGUGAUGGUGCAUGGAAUGCUGGAGGGACAUCAACUGGGGGUGCUGCAUGGAAUGCUGGAGGAACAUCAGCUGGUGAUGAUGGUGCAUGGAAUGCUGGUGGGAAAUCAACUGGCAAUGCUGCAUGGAAUGCUGGAGGGACCUCAGCUGGUGGUGAUUGCACUUGGAAUGCUGGAGGGACCUCAGCUGGUGGUGAUGGUGCAUGGAAUGCUGGAGGGACUGAAGGUGGUGGUGGUGGAUGGAAUGCUGGAGGAACUUCAGCUGAAAGGAGUACGUGGAAUAAGAAACCAGAGUCUACAGAAAAUGAUAUUGGUUCCAAGGGUGCAGAAGAUACUUCUUGGGAAACUAAAAAUACUUCAAAGCAAAACUCUUCAUGGGGUGCUGCAGGGGAGAAGAUUGCAGUUGCUUCUGAUCCAGAUCAGUCUGAUGGCUGGGGAAAAGGUGGAGGCAGCUGGGGCCAGGCAGAGCGUAAAAUUGGCAGUGCAGAUAACAACAAUAAUAAUGAAUGGAAAAAUAAAGGUAAUGAUUCAAAUGGAAAUCAACCCUGCGGAUGGGGCGGUAAAAGUAACUGGAAUACUUCCAAAUCUUUUCAAGAUGGUGAUGCACAUAACAAAGAGAGUGGAAACCAGACUUCUGAAGUGCAAAAUAGCAAUUGGAAUUCUGGAUCAAGUGAUCCUAGUAAAGAUUCUAGCUGGGGAACAAAAAGCAACUUGAACAACAAUUCUUCUUGGGGUGCUGGGAAUGAAAAUAAGAAUUCGAACUGGAGUUCUGGGCAUAGCAAUGCUGAAAAUCAAGAAUCCAAUUGGGGCAAGAAAAACAACUGGAACUCUGAGAACAGUGGAAACCAGACCGCCGAAAUGAACAAAAGCAGUUGGAAUUCUGGAUCAGGUGAUGGUAAUAAAGAUUCUAGCUGGGGAACAAAAAGCAACUGGAAUAACAAUUCCUCUGGGAGUACUUGUAAUGAAAACAAAAACUCCAGCUGGACUUCUGGGCAUAACGACGCUGAAAAUCAAGAAAACAAAUGGGGCAAGAAAAGCAGCUGGAACUCUGAAAACAGUGGAAACCAGACUUCUGAUCGCAACAAUAGCAAUUGGAAUUCUGGAUCUGGUGAUUCUAAUCAAAAUUCCAACUGGGGCAAGAAUAACUCAAACAGUUCAUCUUGGAGUGCUGGAAAUGCAACCAAGACAUCCAACUGGAGUUCUGAUGCUGGAAAUCAAGAUUCUAGUUGGGGGAAGAGCAAUUGGAAUUCUGGAUCUGGUGAUACUAGUCAGGGAAACAACUGGAAAAGCAAUAGCAAUUGGAGUUCAAGAAAUGCUUCAAGUGGUGAAAAUGAUGGUCCAAAUGAAAAUUCUGAGGAAGGAGCUGGUGGUGGGAACUGGAGAGGUGGUUAUCAAGGUAGAGGCGGCUCAGACAGAGGUGGUUUUAGAGGUAGAGGUAGGGGAUUUGGCGGCCGGGGAGAACGCGGGGACUUCGGUGGCCGGGGAGAACGCGGGGAUUUUGGUGGCCGGGGAGAACGCGGGGGCUUUCGUGGUCGGGGUGAACGUGGGGGCUUUCGUGGCAGAGGUGAUCGUGGUGGGUUUGGUGGCAGAGGUAGAUCAGAUGGGGAAGGUUCUGGUGGCAGAUGGGGAUCAGAGAGAGGAGAUCGUGGUGGGUUUGGUGGUUCUGGUGGCAGAUGGGGAUCAGGGAGAGGAGAUCGUGGUGGGUUUGGUGGCAGAGGUAGAUCAGAUGGGGAAGGUUCUGGUGGCAGAUGGGGAUCAGAGAGAGGAUUUGGGGGCCGAGGCCGUGGAAGGGGUGACCAAUCUGGAGGUUGGAGCAGUAGACGGGAUUCUGGUGGGGAUGGUUCUUCUGACUGGAAGGACGGAGAUACUGUUGAAGGAUGGAAGAAUAGUAACAGAUCUGGGGCAUGGAACCGGGAAGGUGGUGACAAGGAUGGGCAGAGCUGGAGUCAAGGAGGUGGAAGUACUAAGCAAUGGUCGAGCUGGAGCUCAGGUAGUGGAGGGGCAGCUGGCGGCAGUUGGAAUAGCAAUGAGUCUAAAGAUGGCGCCGGCGGUACUUUCCAAGGAGACAACAGUUCUGGUUGGAAAAAGUCUACUGCUGGAGAGACCAAUGUUCAGGAGGGUGGCUGGAAUAAGGGACCUAACUCCAGUAAUCAAGACAAUGGUUGGAAGUCCAAUUCUCGCUCAGGGAGUGAAACCGGUGACCGAGUUCCAAAUUGGGGUCAAUCCAGUGCUGCAGAUAAGGGUCAAUCCUCUGGCCUGGGUCAAUCCAGUGCUGCAGAUAACAAGGGUCAGUCAUCUGGCUGGGGUCAAUCCAAUGCUGAUGAGAAGGGACAAUCAUCUGGUUGGAAUCAACCAGGAGAUGGAGGCUCGUGGGGCAAGAAAAGUGAUGGGGGUGCCAAGGGAUGGUAAUUAUCGUCUAACUGAUACAAGGAAAACGAGCUCAGGCAUUUCUAGUUCAGUGAUAGCUUGUUUAUAAAUCUUCCAUAUGAAAAAAACCGUACAAAUCUAUCUGUUGCUAAAUGACGUUCUUAUUUCCGUUUAAUAUCAUUGUAAAAGGAUCUGAUGAACUACUAAUCCUCCUUGCUGUGCUAUGCAAUGGAAGUUUCGAAAUAUACUUCCCUAAACCCGUGUGAUGCUUGUUAGUGUUACUUUGUUCUUGUGGAAA